CUGAUAUUAAAAUAUUUCAUAUUUCAGAAAUUCUAAAAUUGCCUGGAAUAUUAAAAUUUGUCGAGGAAAGACAUCCAGAUUAAGGCUGAAACCAUCACUAUGGCCGUGUUUACCUGUGACGAGUGUGAUUAUGUUGGAGAUAAACCUUCUCAACUGAAGUAUCACGUUGAAAGCAAGCAUCUAGGCAUCAAAAUAAAAUGUGAUAAAUGCAACUUUACCGCAGGAUCCAGAUCAACUCUGAGAAGCCACAAGAAGCUUAAACAUGAAGCCCCCAGGUUCUCUUGUGAAGAUUGUGAUUUUGUUGUGAACAAACAAUGUCUGUUGAAGUACCAUCGAGAAAGCAAGCACCUUGGGAAAAAACAUCCCUGUGAUAAAUGUGAUUACCGUAGCAGUACUCCGUCCAACUUGAAACAACACAUUAAAAAGAUGCAUUUAAACAUUAAAGUCGAGUCCCCAGGAGCGAAGAUUCUUCAAUGUAAUCAUUGUGAUUUUGUUGCGGACAAACCGAGCCUUUUAAACAAACAUGUUGAUACUGUCCAUCCAGGUGUAAAGUUCCCUUGUGAUAAGUGUGAUCAUGUAUCGAACACGAGAGCAGCAUUGUUCAACCAUACGAAGCGUAAGCAUGAAGAACCAAAGUUUUUCUGUGAUAAAUGUGAUUUUGCUGCUCACCUGCCUUCAGUACUGCGAUAUCACAUAGAGAAGAAACACGAGGGAAUCAGGUUUGCAUGCGACCAAUGUGAUUAUGUAUCAGCCUUUCUAACAUUAUUAAAACAACACAUUGAGCAGAAGCAUAUGGGUAUAACAUACCCCUGCGAUCAAUGUGAUUAUGUUGCGACCUUGUCUUUUCAUUUACAGAGACACAAGGACAGCAAACAUAAUGGGGUUAGAUACCCCUGUGAUUUCUGUGACUACGCCGCCACAAGACCGAUACAUCUGAGAAAUCACAUGAAGAGUCGACAUAAAGUUGAUAUAAAAGUUAAAGCAUCAUGGCGCAAGAUCCGUGUAACGUCUGAGAAAGAAGAAGAAAAAGAGGAAUUCGGAGAAAUAACAGAAUCUGAGGAUUCAAUGGAACCAAUUGAAGCAGAUGAACCAGAUGCUGAGGAAUCAUUGGAACCAAUUGAAGCAGAUGCUGAGGAACCAAUGGAGCCAAUGGAACAUGGACACUUUGUUGUGAUUAAAGAUGAGAUAAAGAUAGAAGAAGAAUUUUACACUGUGUAAACUUGCAUCUAAUAAUAAUUUUGUAUCCUACCAGUCAAAAGUUACGUUUAAAGGGAAUGUCCUUGAAACAUAAAAGAGGGAAAAGGAUAAAUUAUAAUUACAAAGUGUACAAUGGUUAUUUUUAUUCUCUCAUGUUUAUUUGGAAGAAAAUGUUAAUGUUCACCGUUUUUUACCUGAAGAAUCCGCUCACUUCCAUUAUAAAUUCAAAUGAUUUUCAAAAAAAAACUAUUCACAAAUUCUGAUUGCUUCACCUUGUUUAGAUUUGACGGAAUUAGAUUUAAAACUUAAGAAUGUGUGAAGUAAAUCUAUUAUCUUUUCUGGACGUUAAAAUAUUAUCUUUAAACUUAAAAACAGGUUUUAAUCAGUCAAUUUUGAAUUUUUAUUGUAAAACAAUGUCUGAGAAAAGUUUUAAAACACCACCCGCCAUUUCCCGUCCUGCCUGCCUUACGUUAAACAAAAAUACAUACAUUUAGUUUAUUGUUAAAUAUAUAAAUAUUAUUACAUCUAUAAAAUAUGUUACUUCAACCUACAUGCCCUCGUCGAAAGAUUUUCUGUGUCAAAGAUCAUUAUCAGUUAUUAUUAUUUCUGAUUAUGAUACUUUUCACUUUAUACUAUAUUGAAUAUUGAUACAUUUUUCUGUGAACAUAAUUAAGUGACCGAUAAUUUUUUAGAUGUGUUUUUCUAUACCUGUUUUUUCUUUCAGAAUGCAAUGUAAAGAUUGUAGACUGCUAGGCAGCUAGAGGCUCAUUCAGGAAGGGUUUGUGAAUGAAAACGUUUAAGGAACGUUCUUAAAACACGUUCCCCUGUAUUAUUUGUAUUUGGUCUAAAAUCUUCCAAUUAAUAUUUGGUCUAACCAAACACAUGAAAUAUCACAUAACUGGUUGUUCUGAGAGAUAACAAUUUGGUUUAGAACAUAAAAACUCUGGCCGUGAGAAAUCUUGUUUGUCUGCGAGAAAUUUCCCUAACAAAGGUAGCCAGCUAUGUUGAAAAUCAUUUGCACUAAAAAGCAGUGAAAAGACCAAGGAAACUCAAGUUGUAUCCUUGCACUUACGUGAAAAAUCUGUUGAAUCAUAUUACAUAAAAAUACAUUAAGAAAUAAAAAUUUACUUGCUCCUUAUGUGAAAAAAAUAAAAAAAAAAUAUGAAA